UAGGCGCUCUCCGGAGCAGGGCGCCCCGUUGGCAGAGGGGGCGCCUUUCCUGCGCGGCCCCCCGCCGGCUCCCUCUCUACGAUCUUUCUUUUGGGGGGGCGGCGGCGGGAGCCGUCCUCGCCCUCCGGGAGCCGGCACAGCCAUGCAGGCUCGCUACUCUGUCUCGGAUCCCAACGCGUUGGGAGUGGUGCCCUAUUUGAGCGAGCAGAAUUACUACCGGACGGCGGGGACCUAUGGCGGCAUGGCCAGCUCCCUGGGGGUCUACGCCAGCCACCCGGAGCAGUACGCGGCCGGCCUGGGCCGCUCCUACGGGCCCUACCCGGGGCAUCAGCCCGUCCAGGCUCCGAAGGACCUGGUGAAGCCACCCUACAGCUACAUCGCGCUGAUCACCAUGGCCAUCCAGAACGCGCCCGAGAAGAAGAUCACCCUGAAUGGCAUCUAUCAGUUCAUCAUGGAGCGCUUCCCCUUCUACCGGGAGAACAAGCAGGGCUGGCAGAACUCCAUCCGCCACAACCUCUCGCUCAACGAGUGCUUCGUCAAGGUGCCCCGCGACGACAAGAAGCCGGGCAAGGGCAGCUACUGGACGCUGGACCCGGACUCCUACAACAUGUUCGAGAACGGCUCCUUCCUGCGCCGCCGGAGGCGCUUCAAGAAGAAAGACGUCUCCAAGGAGAAGGAGGAGGCCCUGCGGGAGAAGCACCUCAAGGAGCCGGCCAAGGCCGCCGCCGAGCUGGCCAAGGAGCCGGCCCCCGCCUCGGCGCCCGUCCCGGCCUCGGCGGUCGCCCCGUCGGAGAAGAAAGUGGUCAUCAAGAGCGAGGCCUCCUCGCAAGAGCUGCCCGUCAUCACCAAGGUGGAGACCCUCAGCCCGGAGAGCGGCAGCGCCCUGCAGGACAAGACCUCGACGGCGCUGAGCGAGCAACAGGUGAGCCCCAGCUCCACCUGCGAGCUCUCCUACCGGGCUCCGCCCUCCAUUUACCGCCACUCCGCCCCUUAUUCCUACGACUGCGCUAAAUACUGA